UGUUUCCGGAGAAUGCGCCGGGCUCGCCAGUCUCAGCUCCUUCCUUCCAGCAUGUAGCCGGAGGCCUUGCUCAGCAACUCUCCUUUCAAUUUUGUUUCUUUCGAAAGCCACACACAGGAGUUUCGUUUUCUUUUUCACCAGAAAGCCGAUCGGGGUGACUAGGCCUGUUUCUGGAGCGUGGACAGCAAACACCCGGCCAGCUGACGUGUCAUCCCUUCACAGCGGCGGACGCACGGAGUUCAGCCACGCAAGCACCCCUCGCCUCGACCCGCCCCCCCCCCUCCGAGCCCCCCGCUGUCCCCAGGUCUCCGGGCGUCUCGUGGCGGCCACCAGCAUGGCCCAGGCCCCCGAGGACCCUGGCGAAACAGACCUCGAGCAGAGGAUCCUGCGGGUGCUGAGGGACGCUGGCUCCCCUGUGAAGUCCGUCCAGCUGGCAAAGGAAUGCCAAGUGCCCAAGAAGAAGCUCAACCAAGUCCUCUACCGGAUGGAGAAGGAGUCAAAAGUCUCCCUGGCAGGCCUGGCGAUGUGGCGCCUGGGCCUGGGAGGCACCGGAGAAGUGGUCCCCACAGAGCCGGCCCAGCUCAGCCAGGCGGCGAGGCCCCAGCAGGACGCAGCCGCGGUUCCAGAGGAACCUGACCCUCAGCUCAGCAAACAGCAGAAAGCCAUCUACAGGUUUCUGGAAGGCGCUGGGCCCUGUAAGGCCCUGAUCAUCGCCCGGGCCCUGGGAAUGAAAACAACAAAAGAAGUCAACCCAGACUUGUAUGAUAUGAGAAACAGACACCUUCUGAGUCUUGAUGAGAAAUCAAGUCUGUGGUCAAUUUAUCGACCAGAUUGUGGAGGAAGAAGCGAGUCCCCUGCGAUUAUUUACCAGCAAAAUCCAAUCAACAUGAUCUGUCAGAAUGGACCAAAUAACUAUAUUUCCAUUGAGAACUCGGAAGACAUCCAGAUUGGACACGGGAACGUCAUAGUGAAGCCGACCGCCUCUGGGGAGAAUGGUUCCGUGGCUCCCCUCCACCUCCCUCCAAUGGCACCAGCUGAUCCCCUGACUCAGAGUUCCCCGGCUGCAGCCUGGGCGCCCCAGGACAUCCGCUUGGAGAAGUCUGUGCUCAGGCGGGUGCUGCUGGGACAUGGCAACAAGAUGAGCCUUACCAGUGCCCCGGCCGAAGGCCCGGCUGCCUGCAGCCCCUCUGGCAUCCCCCCAGUCUCUGCCACCACUGUUGGCUCAGGAGCUUCGUUCAAAAUUCCAGGGUCCAAACCAGGACCUGACUGCAAGGCGGAUGGGAUCCAGAGAGUCCACAUCAGUUCAUGCUUCCUUGAGGACACUGCCAUUGGCAACGGCAACAGAAUGACUGUCAUCUCAGGGACAGCUGGUCCAGGAGGAGUUGCAGAGCCUGAGGACAGCAGAAGGGGCCCUGAGGAGCUGGACAAGGAUGCAGGACCCCUCUCCGAGGGUGCGGAGCCCAGAAGGGAGUUCCCUCCGGACCCGGCUUCCUCCCUCAGCACCAACGUCUCGAAGCUCAUCUCCCACCUAGAAGCCGUGACUCUUGAAAGCAGGGAUCCCCACAACGCAGAAGACGGCGGCUGGGUGGACAGAACCCCAGACGUGGCGUCCCAGGGGGAGGUCGAGCCCAGAACAGACAGCCAGCCUCUCUCGGAAAGAGCAGGCGAACACCAGUGAACCUCCGGUACCAUGCUUUCUGGGCUCCGUAAAUGUCCUUUUCCGCCUUCUUGCCUCCUGACACGCGAGCGGCGAGGGUCAGCGUUUGGGCUGGGCCUGGCCUGGGGCUGGGUCACCUCUGUCCCUACCACCACCUUAGCCUGCCUUCCAUCAUGGCUACCCACUCUCCUCUCACUCAAGACCUGACUUCCUCAAGGCCUGUUAUGGCUGCCUGACCUCUUUCCAACUCGACCUUUCUAGAACUUCCCUACCUUGACUUUGAUCUCUCGGCCCUUCUUAGCUGAACUUCCAGAAAACAGAUCCCUCCCGUCCGGGCCCCAGUGGGAGUCACUGGCCAGCCCACGGCCCAGGGGACCUCUGCUGGCCAAUCAUCAAGGAAUGUUUGUCUUACGCCAGCAUGGUGCUCGCGGGUGGACGGGGUUCCCUUGGAGGGGUUGUGGGCGCAGUGGCAUUUCCAGAACAAAGGAACGGAGUGGGGUUGGUUCAGAGGACACUCGCGGAGGGAUGAUGGGAGGAAGACAGAGAAGGGUAGAAGAAGGUGGCGGUCAGCCGGGCAGGGCCACUGUGGACUUGUGUGUUCCACUUGUUACGCCCACGACGUACACAGCUACACGUGCACUGCCCCUGCCGAUGCCACGCCCGUACGUCACUCUCUGUUGUGUUAACUCUACUGGACCACGACUGUCCAACGCCCAGGAGCCACGUCCCCUGGGGCUAGCAUCCGCCUGGGUGGAGGAAGGGCUGGCUCAUCACAGAGACUCAGUCAAGGAGGUCACUGACCAGGGGUGCCUGGGUGGCUCGUCGGUUAGGCGUCCAACUCGAUUUCGGCUCAGGGCGUGAUCUCAGGGUUUGUGGAUUUGAGCCUUGCGUCGGGCUCUGCGCUGACGGCCGCUUCGGGUUCUCUCUCUCCCUCUCUCUCUGCCCCUCCCCCACAUGCUCGCUCUUCCUCUGUCUCCUUCUCUCUCAAAAUAAAUAUAUAUAUAUUUUUUUUAAUGUCACGGA